ACAUCUCGCAUCCAUUUCACUAAUGUUUUAGGCCAAAAACCCACAUGAAGUCAUUUGGCGUCCAUAGAGAGUUGCAGUAUGAAGAAAACUGGCAUGCACAACACAACGUGCCACAGUAAUUACUCCGUCCACAUGAGUAUCCAGUGACAGUGAAAUCUGACCGGAUCCAGGCUAACAGGGACAUGAUGAACGCAAGAUAAUCAUCAGGUCUCAGGAAGCAAAAAUACUCGCAUCUGCAAAUAAAUGAUGGUGUUGGGUGUCCAAGAGGUGUGAAGAACUGUGAUCACUGCUUAAACCCACAUCAGAAGUCUCUGUACUGAGUUUAUCCGUUAGAUGUAACUUUAUAAAUACCUGUUGAGGUUUGAUGUAGCUUAAGUUCAAACUGUCUCAAAAGUAUAUUGUGGGUUUUAUGAUCGAGUUCCUGGAUGUGCAAUGCCCAUCUUCAUGCCAAUCGGGACCAGCUCUAGUUUUAUUUACCCCUCAAGUGCCCUGUUGCCUCGUGUAUGGCAUGUGUGUAUGGGUGUUGUGUAUACACAGCCACAACAUCUGUGAUUCUCCUCCCCCUCUCAUGGCCCUCCCUCUGCAUGCCAGGACCGGCUCUUUCUCCUGAUUUAGAUUUUGCUCUGCAUGCGGGGACUGGAGUGCAGCUGAAGUAUGCUCUAGUCAGGCCAGCUCCGCCACCGAAAACCCCUUUGUCUCCAGACAUGGACCCUCUGACGGAGAGCCCCUCUAUGGAGGAUGAAGGACUAACCAUGAAGAGGACAGGUCCUCUGCAAGAUCCCGACUUGGAUGUGUACGCCAAGUUUUUCAUGAGUCACUGCUGCUACGAUGCCAUUCCAACCAGCUCCAAACUGGUCAUUUUCGACACAACCCUGCAGGUGAAGAAAGCAUUUUUUGCACUGGUUGCAAAUGGUGUGAGAGCUGCGCCUUUAUGGGACAACAAGCUGCAGUGUUUUGUAGGAAUGCUUACCAUUACAGACUUUAUCAACAUUCUCCAUCGUUACUACAAAUCUCCUAUGGUACAGAUCUAUGAGCUGGAAGAACACAAGAUUGAGACAUGGAGAGAGGUCUAUCUACAGUGUUCUCUCAAGUCUCUGGUCAGCAUCACACCUGAAUCCAGCCUCUUUGAAGCCAUUUAUUCUUUACUGAAGCACAAGAUUCAUCGUCUGCCCGUCAUAGAUCCAGAAUCGGGGAACGUCCUCCACAUACUGACCCAUAAACGCAUCCUCAAGUUCUUGCACAUCUUUGUAAGAGCUUCUGUUAUUCUCCAAAAUGAGUUUCAUGUUGACAGUGGCAAUAUCUCGACUAAAUAUAUGUUUUGUAAAUCACAGGGCUCCAUGAUCCCAAAGCCGCAGUUCUUACAGAAGCGGAUUGAGGAAGUUGAAAUCGGUACUUUCAAGAGUAUCGCGACUGUCAGGGAGACAGAAACUGUUUAUGAUGCUCUAUCAAUAUUUGUAGAGCGACGGGUCUCCGCCCUGCCCGUUGUCAAUGAGCAAGGGAAAGUAGUGGCGCUGUACUCCAGGUUUGAUGUCAUUAAUUUGGCGGCGCAGAAAAACUACAACAAUCUGAACAUGACAAUGCAGGCGGCCCUUCAGAGCCGUUGUGGCUGUAUUGAGGGGGUGCUGAAAUGUUACCCUCAUGAAACUCUUGAAAUCAUCAUCGAUCGCAUCGCUGAGGCAGAGGUUCACCGUCUGGUGUUAGUGGACAAAGAGGAUGUGGUGAGGGGCAUCGUCUCGCUCUCUGAUUUGCUUCAGGCAUUGGUGUUGACUCCUGCAGGUGUUGAUGCACUCUUCUCUUGACACCUGUGGAGGAAUUCCUCCUCACAACAGAAAUUGACUGAGCCUUGAAGAUGUGAAUGAUUGAAGACUGAAAGUGUAAAUAUUUUGUAAACGUUGCUGGCACCUUGGGAUUUGAUGUAUCACUUAAAGUGUUGUUUUUCAAUAUUACUUGUAUAUUUGUAUCAUUUUUAUUUUUAAGGAACUGCCGCAUAAUCAUUUGAAUUGUGCUAGUUUUAUGUCGGUAUAAAAGUACACUGCAGACAUUUUGUAACAUACUGUUUAACAAUGCCAAUCCGGCAAAAACCUUUUUGUUAAAAACUGCUUAACUCCUGAUCCUCACAUUAAAAACAGAUCAACUGUUA